CGCGCUCGCCGCCGCGCCGGGCACAUGCGGUUCUCGGGGCCGCGGCGAGCAGCGCGCUGGGCCCGGGUGCGGCACCCGGCGGGGGAGGACGCGGCGGCGGCGGCGGGGGGAAGGCACGACCAUGUGCGCGGAGCUCGGCGGAAAGCUGGUGGCCCCGGCGCUGCUGCUGGCCACGGCCCUGCUGCUGGCCAGCGCCCGGGCGGCCGCGGGCACUGAGGCCACGCACCCGCCGGAGGGGCCGCAGGACAGGACCCCGCAGCAGAAGGGGCGCCUGUCCCUGCAGAACACAGCUGAAAUCCAGCACUGCCUGGUAAAUGCUGGCGAUGUGGGAUGUGGAGUGUUUGAAUGCUUUGAAAACAAUUCUUGCGAGAUCCGAGGCUUACACGAGAUCUGCAUGACAUUCCUGCACAACGCUGGAAAAUUCGAUGCCCAGGGAAAAUCCUUCAUUAAAGACGCUCUGAAGUGUAAGGCUCAUGCCUUGAGGCAUAAAUUCAGCUGCAUCAGCCGUAAGUGCCCUGCCAUUAAAGAGAUGGUGUUCCAGUUACAGCGGGAGUGCUACCUGAAGCAUGACCUCUGCUCUGCUGCCAAGGAGAACGUCCAGGUCAUUGUGGAGAUGAUUCACUUCAAAGACCUGCUGCAGCAUGAGCCAUAUGUUGACCUAGUGAAUAUCCUGCUCACCUGUGGCGAGGAGGUGAAAAAGGCAAUAACAAGAAGCGUCCAGGCCCAGUGUGAACAGAACUGGGGAAGUCUCUGCUCCAUCCUGAGCUUCUGCACCUCAGCUGGGCACGGUGACGCCGCCCUGGGCGCCGAGAAGAAGCCAGGUGAAGCCACCAAAGGCGGUGCUGGCCGUGGGGACAUGCUGGCCCACUCCGACCCCGACCACAGGGAGAGCUCGAGAGCAUCCAAGGGAGAGAGAGGUACCAAGGGCCACUUGAACGCCCACACCCGGGUGAAAGCUGGGGGCCACAGUCCCAAAGGGGCACAAGGGAUCGUGGACCGGGCAGACGAACUGUCCGACUUCUCCGACAUCCGGAGGUGAAAAAAGGCACCAGCUCCCUCUUCCCCCCCAUCCUCCCCCUCCACCGGAAUCCUCCUGAGUUCCAUCUUCCCGUCUAUGGACAUUCCAAAGCAUUUCCCAUUCAGAGGUCAAGCACAGGGCAUUGCAAGAUAUAUAUGGACCUCGGCAACAGUGUAUAUAGUAGCAAAGGGAGAGCAGUGGCAAUGGGUUAUCGAUCCAGCAAACUCGACACUCGAGCAGCCACCAAACGUGGCAAAAUGUCUCCAACUAAAUUCUUUUCCCCUUUUUUAUGAAACAGACAUAAUCUGAAAUUUAGGAUCUUGUUUGGGGAUUGUUGGGUUGGUUUUGGGGUUUGUUUUGUUUUUUUCCCUUGGUCUCCUUGGCUGGGGAGACUGUUCCAAGAGGGCUCUGCCAGACUGCAUGUGGCUGCUUGUGGCUUAGCACCUCCAAAGGUCUAGGGCACAGCCUUACAGCAGAUGGCUGAAUUCCAAAGGGAUUUGGUUUCUGCUUGUGGCUGAGAACGCAAGAGCUCCAGGCUCUCUAUGUGAAGCUCUCUAAUGAAGUAGCUGCCCCGUCUCUCGCACAGGAACCGUGCGGUCUGGAGCUCCACCACUUUCUCUUAACUAACUUCUGAGCCAUUGUUCCCACCUGGGUGACGCUGCCUGGUUUAAGUGCCCCCCUGUUUGUUUUGAACCACUGCAUAACUUGACACUUGCUAAUCACAGUAUCAUACCCAGUCCCUUCAGUGUAUCACAGGCGAGUAGUCAGCUUCCAGACAAGGCAAUGUGACUGUUAAAGACUUGCACAGUGUGGAGGACCCCCAAAAGUAUUCUUGUGGACCUCUAAGAACCCUGUGCAUAUUCUCUGCUUACGUCUGCCCCUUCAGUGAUACAGGUCUUCCACCCUUAUAGACAGCCCAAGCCUAAAGGGAUGGGUGUGGGCUCAGACAGCGAAGGACCCCAUAUGUUUAGUUCUUCUGUAGGGCUGCGUUGAAGGCCCCUCAGAAAUCUGUCUCUCCUUAGCAGUAGCGUGGUAUGGUUUGCUGAGAUGUGGAGCCCCACUCUAACCUGCCUAUAGCUAUGGUUUAUCCAAAUGCCAAAGAUAAGGAGAGGGGAUUGACUUGGGUUUAUUAAUUGUUGUGCAGAUAAUGACCACCGGUCUCCACAGAGUGAGUUAGUAAAGAUGAAGAGUGUCAAGAGCUUAUUGUCUUUAAGCAGUUUCAAGUGUGAAUGAGGUGUUUGGCCAUAUCUCUCCUACCCCCUAUGCAAUUGUAAUUCUCAGGUUGCAGCUCUGCAAUCCUAUAUCCCCAGAUAUUGUACUGGAAAUGGAGGUUACGGCAUCCAUGGGGACAGAAGGGUGAGCUCUCAGCUUCCUCGAGAGAAGAAGUGAGUUUUCUUAGAAAGUGGGAAUCACACCAGGGAUUUGAGCCUUCUCAUUUAGAAAGUUUGGGAGGAAAGCUGUGGGGGCAGGAAGGCAGUUCAGCAGGGACAGAACGUACCCAGUGAACUAACGUACGUCUUGUCGCAUGGUGGGAAGGAGCUGCAUAAGCAGUAGAGGGUGUUGGAAUUUGGCUACAAUUUCCAACCAAGAUUUCAGUUACUGCUGAGUGAACACGGCUCCUAAUAGCUGUAUUCAGGGUUUAAUGCAUGGAUCCACCCGCAGAAGGUAGAGGCACUGCUUUUAAUAGCAACCACGUAGGAAGCAAGAGAGGACAGUUAAGUUGAAAAGGUGUGUCUCUGUGAUCACCAGGUCUUUGCUUAAAGACAUGACCCUGAUCCUGCCUGAUUUUAGCAAAGUUCUCUGAUAACAUUUUUGUUUGACUCAAGUGGGAAGAGGUGGGAUCGGGCCAGAUGCUAUAGCAGCAAAGACCACGGUGAUGUGCUAGUGGGUGUGGCAGCUGCCCCACUGGGCUGGUGGCAGCUCUGCCAUCCCUGGGGCACCCAGGCUGUCCCACGGAGCAGCUUGGGAAGGUUGGUUUGUGUCUGAGUGUUGGCCACCUCCUCUGCUCCAAAAGGUGGCUGCUGGUGGUGCCAUGAGAAGGUUUCUAGCACGUGCCUCCAUGGGUUUCCUGCAAGCGUCCUCCCCCCCGGUGGCACAGAGCCACCACAAAGAACAAGCUCAAACCAAAAAGACAAUCCAAGCAUUUUAGCAAAAAAGAAAAAAGAAAAAAAGAAAAGGAAAACCAAUGCAAACCAGAAACAACUUGCUACCAGUGCAAUGUUCUUGCAUUGAACUAAAAUAAGAUCCCUCUGUCAUUAGAGGUCUGAUUCAUCAAUGGGAACCAAACAUAGAGAUCUACAUCCUUGAAUGUCUCAGUCAACAUAUCACCUCAGCAUGCAUACAGUUUUAUUUGUAUUCAUUGGUUCUGUGGGGAAAACUGUAUAUUCCCCUUGUUUAGUCAAUGAAAAUUGGGGGGUGGGGGGAGGACAAGCUGUGGGUGGGAGGGAUUUUUGUAUAAGGCAUCAUUUUUUUUUCCUCUGUGUGUGAAGAUUUUAUGUGUUCAUCUACUGAUUCCACAUAUGCUAUUAUUGUAAAUAUUUAACAUUUCUAUUUAUUAUAGUGUCCCCAUUUAAAAAAGAACACUGCUGGCUAUGAUAAUUUAAACGUAUGUCAUGACCUGUGUUGUUGUAUAUAUUCAUGCCACUAGUAUGGGUUUUUUUAUGUUUAAAGCUGCGUAAAUAUAGUUUUAUACAGUUCCAUAAUGUUAUUGACAGCAUAAAGCAUUUAUUUAUUGUUAAACCUUCUUUCAUAUCUAACAGAUAGGGUGCGUCUUACCUGAGAUUUAUUUUAUUGUGACAUCUACAUAGCCUUAAUUCUUUAUAAAAAAGAAAAAAAAAGUCCAUUUAGAUACUGUAUGAUGCUUUAAUUAACAUUCCUUAUGAACUUGCUGUUCAUAGAGGAGGUUUAGCUUAAAAGCCAAGGUAUGAAUGUUUCCUUUAUGCUUUGCAUCUGGAAUGAGCCUUGUUCUGGAAUGAAAAUACUGCAAGAAGCAAAACGCCUACUGGAAAAAGAUAGCAGUAAACCCUGGAAAAUGCUGUCCUAACUUACAGUGCUGAACUAAAAGGAGAAAAAAAAUAAAAUAAAAAAAAAUACAAACUGUCCUUAAUUCCAAAUCUCUGGGAGAAAAACAUACUAGUUUUAUCUCAUGUAGAAUUUGCAGCCAAAUAAGCUUGUAAAUAAAGAAAAUGCAUAUGGCUUUAGACAAAGCUCUGUACCUUUCACACUAUUAUUUUCCUUAAACACUAAUAAAUGUUUUGAAUAAG